AUGACUACCUCAACCUGGCAAGAGAAGGCUGCUCUCAAGGCGUCACAGGCCGCGGAGAAGAUCCCCGAGAAGUGGAGACUACCAGUCAGUCUUGUACAGUCCUUGAAGGAUGCCACUAGUGUUCUGGAUAUCCCCUCAAAAUGUGGUAUUUUGACCGAGAGGGAGAGCCAUAUCACCGAGAAUUAUGAUGCCACCGCUCUACUCGCAAAGCUUGCCAGUCGGGAGUUCAGCUCAGCCGAGGUUACUACGGCGUUUUCCAAACGCGCUGCAAUUGCCCAGCAGCUAACAGGCUGUUUAACUGAGACCUUCUUCGAUAUGGCGCUCAGCAGGGCACAGGAGCUGGAUGAUCAUUUAGCGAAAACAGGACAAAUUGUUGGCCCUUUGCAUGGGCUUCCUGUCAGUCUCAAAGAGUCAUUCAGCGUCACCGGGAUUCAUACUUCACUUGGAUAUGUUUCCUUCCUUGAUCAACCACCCAAAUCGGAAAAUUCGACCUUGGUCGAGAUCCUUAUUUCUGCCGGAGCCGUCCUUUACGUCAAGACCAAUAUUCCACAGACGAUGAUGACGGCAGACUCUCACAACAAUGUCUUUGGUCGUGUGCUCAAUCCACAUCGCCUGAAUCUCACGGCCGGUGGGAGCAGUGGAGGCGAAGGAGCAUUGCUAGCCUUGCGAGGGUCCGUGCUAGGGAUCGGAACCGAUAUUGGAGGAUCUAUCCGAAUCCCAGCUCUCUGUUGCGGUGUGUUUGGUUUUAAACCUUCUAGCAGUCGAGUGCCUUAUGGUGGCCAAACCGCAGCAGGACAUACGGGGAUGACUAGCAUUCUUCCAGUUGCCGGACCACUGUGUCACUCGAUUAGAGACGCGGAGCUCCUUCUCAAACUGGUGUUCAAUUCGAACGCUGCAGACCUUGAUGACGUAUUGGGUGUGCCGUGGGCUAGCCCUCAGCAAAAGUCGGCUCUCACAAUUGGCAUAAUGCCGGAGGAUCCACUGUUUCCAUUACAUCCGCCAAUGCAGCGAACUAUGAAAAAUGUGAUAAGCAAAUUGGAGGCGUGUGGUCACUACGUUGUUGAUUUAUCGAGUCAGAUGCCGUCCUUGACUGAGGUAGCAAACGUGUCUUUCCGCUAUUUCGCCAUGGAUCCCGACCAAGUCGCGUUGAAUAAUAUUAGGAGGAGUGGUGAACCAUUCGUUCCGUCACUCAAAUCCACUUAUGACCUAGCGGCUGAUCUCCCGGAGCCGGACUUGCGUCAACUUCUAGAGUUGAAUGUAGUUCGUAAAGCGCUAAUUGCGCAAAUGCGUCGUGUGUUUACUGAAAAGAAACUGGACCUUAUUGUGGGACCAGGCUACCAAAGCCCUGCAGUUCCUCAUGAUAAAUAUGGUAUGCCCAUAUACACGGUCAUCUGCAAUCUAUUUAACAAUCCUGCCUGUGUACUUCCAUAUGGCCAUGCAGAUCAAGCUGCAGAUGCGGACUUUGUCCGAGAUGUACACUAUAAGCCGGAGUAUUUACCACAGGAAAUUGAAGGUGCACCAUGCCAUGUACAGCUGUUCGGUAGGCCAAUGAAGGACGAACAGCUUCUCCAGGACACAAUGAUCAUAGAAAAAGCGCUAAGAGACUGA